CCGUCUCCUUCGUCGCGUCUUGGUCAGUUGUGUUUGUCAGUCAGUUCAGUAGUGUUCUAUCAAGAUGAAUUUCUCUCUCUCGAUUUUCAGCUAUGACAACCAGGUUCUGCAAGGGUAUGCGUUCUACGCUGCGAUCCUUAUGCUAAAGACAUUACUUAUGGCCCCACUUACCGCUUUUCAGAGGUUCAGAAAAAAGGCUUUCAUUAGUCCAGAAGAUGCUGCGGCAUUUAAGGGAGAAGUGAAAACCGAGGAUCCAGAUGUGGAGAGAGUAAGAAGAGCUCACCUGAAUGACUUGGAAAACAUCCCGAUAUUCCUGGUGACAGGACUUCUCUUUGUGAUGUCAGACCCAGAUGUGGUCGUGGCUCUUAUGUUUUUCCGUCUCUACACUCUAGCUCGCUUCGCACACACGUUUGUGUACGCAAUCUACGUUGUGCGCCAGCCUGCACGUGCGAUUGCGUUUGGUGUCGGACAAAUCAUAACCACCAUCAUGAUAAUCAUGAUCAUAGUUAAGUUUCAUCAACUGUGAAGUAUUUUGACUGUGUAAUUGUGACUGUCACAGAAGGUAUAUUUAUGUGUCCUAAUGUACAAUUUUCUUAAUGGAAGUCUAACUAUGUUAGUGUUAAAAUGAAAUGUCUAUAAGUAUUAACUAUAUUUUGAGACUGCUUGCUUUUUUUAAUUUUUAGCUUUAGAAUCUAAGGAACUUUUGUAUGCAAGACCUUUUUACCUUGCUUUUUUUAUGUUUCAUAUAUAUGUUAACAGCGGUAAUGUGUAAACUGUUACUAAACUUGUAUAUUGUGGAUUAUAAUUAUUUUUAGUCGUAAACAAAUACUGUUCUCAACAUUUCAGCCAGUCUUUUAAACAAUUAUUGGUAAGUAAAUCUAAUUGUAUUAAAAUACUAUACUUGAUAAUAAACUGUUAAAAUAUACUUUGAAGUACA